AUUCUGUACUCGGCUGAACGAAGAGGGCGCAGAGCCGGGUGAGGAAAGCGCACUGGCUACACUUCUACCCCGUCAAAGCAGAGCGAAGGGGAGAGAGAACGGUAUUUGAUUGGCGGAGGAGGGAAGAGCCAAAAACUCCGGCCAGGAAACGGCUCGGGUUUCAGGGGGAGUGACACUCCGAGGAGCCCUGGGAGGGGGCUAUAGGGAGCGAGUUUGUGGGGACGUAAGGAGAGAAAAAACCUUUGUAAACCUGACAAAGCGUCUGAGAUCACAGCAAGUAUCCUCGGAGGAGGAGAAGACGUGCAGCCGACGGAGAUUCCCAACUUUAAUGGAUUCUGUUUUUUCGGAGGACGUCGAAAUCUCUUGCUCGCUUUAGGCUACGCACCAGUCUACCCCAAAACUGUGCAUUCCUUCUCAUUUAGGAUGAAGUUUGCAGUACAUGGGAAGAUUAACAUGUUUCUGCGUUUUUGUUUAUAAGAAAGUACUGAAAAGUUGAAGGGAGAAGUUUGGCGGACGUAUCUCUUCUACGGAACUGCGUUUAUUUUUUCGGAAUAUACAAUCACAGGAUCCCACAAGAAUUGUAGACAUGCACGGAUUUUGGAAUUUCAGCGCAAAUUGUCCCUGAUCUGAGGGGUGGUUCGGCGGAUUUUGGGAUAGUGAAACAAUCGCUGCCUGGCAUUUUUGUUGCAGCAGAGAGAAGUCGCCCCAUCGGGAGUACACAUUCCUCUCUCUGUUCGGCUCAUGCACCCGCCUGCCGUUCCGUGCAUGUGGAUCGAAACUCAACACUUCAGUCCAUCGAGGUCAGGUGACCGGGGGACAUUCCUGUGAGUGACAGGCCGGACAGCCUGCAGUUCAUGGUUGGGUGGAGCUCCUCAGAUGGGGUCAGAGUCCAGGGGGAGGCGGAGGAGGGUGGGAUGGGGAAACACGCCCUCCAGUAAGGGAAUGUCCAUGUGGGCGUGGUUGCUGGGCGUGGUCCUGCUGUCCCUGCUAAGUGUUGCCACGGCGAGGCCACCCGUCACUGCCACCGAGGAAGAGGAGACGACGCUUGAACCGGAAGAGCCUCCGACAAAAUACCAAAUCUCUAAGCCGACAGUGUGCUCCGUGCACCCCGGUGAACUGGUGAAGCUCAGCUGCCCGCUCCCCGAGGCGGGCACCGUCACCUGGACGAAAGACGGCUCCUCUCUGGGGCCCAGCAACCGCACCCUGAUAGGCCAGGAGUGGCUGCAGAUCCGCGACGCCACGCCCAAGGACUCGGGCCUGUACGCGUGCACCGCGGUCGGCCCCCUGGGCAGCGAAACGCUUUGCUUCAUUGUAAACGUCACAGACGCCAUCUCGUCCGGCGAUGAUGAAGAUGACACAGCGUCGAGACGUCCCCCGCGGAACAGAUGCAGCGUGAGUACCUGGCGCGGGGCGGGCCGGGACAGUCGUGGUACUGGCGCGUGGCGGGCCGCCGACGGCGAACAGAUGCGGGCACCGUUCUGGACGAUGCCGGAGAAGAUGGAGAAGAGGCUGCACGCCGUGCCCGCCGCCAACACUGUGAAGUUUCGGUGUGCGGCAGGGGGGACCCCCCGGCCCAAAAUGCGCUGGCUGAAGAACAGCAGACCCUUCCGACAGGAGGAGCGCAUGGGGGGCUACAAGGUACGACACCAACACUGGACCCUUAUCAUGGAGAGUGUGGUGCCAUCGGAUAAGGGAAACUACACUUGCCUGGUGGAGAACCAGUAUGGAUCCAUCAACCACACCUACACUCUGGAUGUAGUGGAGCGGUCACCCCACCGGCCCAUUCUCCAGGCGGGGCUGCCGGCGAACACCACGGUCCGCGUGGGCGAGGACGCGCGUUUCGUCUGCAAGGUCUACAGCGACGCCCAGCCCCACAUCCAGUGGCUCCAGCACAUCGAGAAAAACGGUAGCCGCUAUGGGCCAGACGGACUCCCCUACGUGCGCGUUCUGAAGACCGCAGGUGUUAACACCACUGAUAAGGAGAUUGAAGUUCUCUACUUGCCCAAUGUUACUUUCGAGGAUGCUGGGGAAUACACCUGCUUGGCGGGUAAUUCUAUUGGGAUCUCCUAUCACACUGCUUGGUUAACGGUGAUUCCAGAUGGCCCCACAGACGGGCCCACCUUGUUGCCUCCGGACUACGUGGAGAUCGCCAUCUACUGCAUCGGAGUGUUCCUGAUCGCCUGCAUGGUGGUGAUCGUGGUCGUGUGCCGCAUGAGGACCACGGCCAAGAAGCCCGACUUCAGCAGCCAGCCGGCCGUGCACAAACUCAGCAAGCAGAUCCCUCUGCGCCGCCAGGUGUCGUCGGACUCCAGCUCGUCCAUGAACUCCAGCACGCCGCUGGUGCGCAUCACCACCCGCCGCUCCAGCACUCAGGAGGAGGCCAUCCCCGAGUACGACCUCCCGCAGGACCCCCGCUGGGAGUACUCCCGCGACAGGCUCACUCUGGGGAAGCCGCUCGGCGAGGGCUGUUUCGGCCAGGUUGUCAUGGCGGAGGCCGUCGGCAUCGACAAGGAAAAGCCCAAGGAGGCGGUGACCGUGGCCGUGAAGAUGCUGAAAGACGACGCCACAGAAAAGGACCUUUCUGACCUGGUGUCCGAGAUGGAGAUGAUGAAGAUCAUCGGGAAGCACAAGAACAUCAUUAAUCUGCUGGGAGCGUGCACACAGGACGGUCCCCUGUACGUCAUCGUGGAGUACGCGUCCAAGGGGAACCUGCGGGAGUACCUGCGCGCCCGCCGCCCGCCCGGGAUGGAGUACUCGUACGACAUCGCGCGCGUGUCCGACGAGCAGCUCACCUUCAAGGAUCUGGUGUCCUGCACCUACCAGGUGGCCCGCGGGAUGGAGUACCUGGCCUCGCAGAAGUGCAUUCACAGGGACCUGGCCGCCCGGAACGUCCUGGUCACGGAGAGCAACGUCAUGAAGAUCGCAGACUUCGGCCUGGCCAGAGAUGUCCACAACAUCGACUAUUACAAAAAGACAACAAAUGGUCGCCUACCAGUCAAGUGGAUGGCUCCAGAGGCCCUGUUCGACCGAGUGUACACACACCAGAGCGACGUCUGGUCUUUUGGGGUGCUCAUGUGGGAAAUUUUCACACUGGGAGGCUCCCCGUACCCUGGGAUCCCAGUGGAGGAACUCUUCAAGCUGCUGAAGGAGGGUCAUCGAAUGGACAAGCCAGGCAACUGUACAAAUGAACUGUACAUGAUGAUGAAGGACUGCUGGCACGCCAUCUCAUCCCACAGACCCACCUUCAAACAGCUGGUAGAAGACUUGGAUCGCAUCCUCACCCUGGCAACCAAUGAGGAGUACCUGGAUCUAUGUGCCCCAGCAGAGCAGUAUUCUCCUAGUUUUCCUGACACUCGGAGUUCGUGUUCCUCUGGUGACGAUUCCGUGUUUUCCCACGAUCCCUUGCCCGACGAACCCUGUCUCCCCAAGUACCAGCACAUCAAUGGAGGGGUGAAAACAUGAGGGGCGGGAACGCAGACUUACCCCUCCCUGCCUCCCACCCCACCCUUCACCCUCUCUGGCACCCAGAAGACUUCAGGAUCCAGCGGGUGGGGGGGUGGGGGUGGGCUGGCAGCUGUGCUGCUGUCGAAAGUGAACUGAGGUGUGUGGGGAACACACACACACAUACAUACACACACCUACUCGCAUACACACGUACACAUGCACACGCACACACACACACAAACACACACGUAUGCACAAGCGUGUGAAUCAAGCUCUUAACAAGAGGACUGUCCUCUCUGGGUUUCCCUUCACUGACCGACUGAAUGGCCAUUCCAGGACUUCACUCUUAGCAGUUUUUUUAUUGUUAUUAUUUUGUCUUAUGGUUUUUUCCAAGGUUCUUGAAUUUUUCCUGAAAUUUUCGUCAUUCCGCUGACUGGCAUUCCAAGACUUUUUUCCCAAGGGAAGAGCGAAAUGAGGGAUGCAAGAAUGAAAAUAAGAAACGAACUGAAAGACAAAAAAAACAAAAAUAACAAAAAAAAAAAGGAAACAGGAGAGCAGAACACAGACACUGUCUCAUUUAUUUUGUAAUAUUGUUUCUUUUCUUCUUCCGAUAAGCCCACACAAUUAUUAUUUUGGAGCAGAAUAACACACGGUAUAUAGUGCUGGGUAUAUUUGUAAAUAUAUUCAAAUAUGUAUAAAUAUAUAUUAUAUAUUUACAGUGAAUUAUUUUUUGUAUGGAUUCCCAUAAUAAUCCCCCCCUCCCUCAUUCUUGGAGGUGGAAGAGUGAGAUUCUGCCCUGGUAUGGACCCUGUCCUGAGUCUCACACGCACCUGUCUGUCACUCAAUCACAACAGUGGAGUAUUGGCCUUCAGGGAAAAGAGGUAGCAUGUUAAUUUAUUGACUUAUGUUUUUAAAAAUGAAUAAAAAUGUAAAAAAAAAAAAGAAAAUGAACGAAACACAAUAAUAAAAUAAAUAAUAAUAUUAAUAAUAAUGAUAAAUAAUCCAUUCUGUUUAUUGUAAUUUAAAAUGAUCUUUCAGUGGAGGUAACAGAGAAAUAUUGUAGUGGGUACUUGAAAGAUCCUUGCUUUGUGUGUGUAUGUGUAUAUAUAUAUAUAUAUAUACACACACCCACACAUAAAUAAUUCAUAUGUUAAGUUUAAAUUCUGUACAGUCUGUACAUUUUAGAGUCCACAAUUCCCAUCCAUUCAUAGAUUUUUUUUUCCAUCUACUUUGUCCACUCAUAAGUUGUAUUUGAAAUGAGAAAAUACCGCAUAUUAAUAUAUGAUGGACAGAUACCCACUACUGUUCAGUUACUUCAUCUAGACUAAAUAUAGAUUCCACAGUGUUCUCAUAAGAAAAAAUGAUUGAAAGUGAAAAUGAACAAAAGUAUUAAAAAUCAUUCAUGUUUUCUACAGGACCAAUUAAAAUGUUUUCUGCAGGUGUUCAUUUUUUUGACACUUUUGCAAAAUUAAAGAUGAAAAUCUUA